UUGUUCUUUUCUAUUUUAACCUAAUAAUUAUCUGUUAUUUUUCUUUAUUUCUUUCUUCAUUGGCUUUUUAAGAUGACAUCCUUUAUGCGCUCUUCAAUCUUCAUAUGGUAUUACGGUAAUCGAUUGGGUUUUUGGUUUUUUUGGGUCAAUAAUGAAAAUGAAUUCAUUUAAAGAAAGCCGAGGAGGUAAUUCGAUCAGCCAGAGUAGAAAGUAAAUCGAUUUACAGGAAUGAGAGGUUGGUUCAGCCACCAGAAUCGAGACAAUCUGAGUUUAGACUUUAGAGGCACCUGUAGCAAGCCUAUGAGCCUCAAUAUUACGAUCUCUAGAUCCAAAGACAAAAAGGAAACCAAAGGAAAAAGAGGUACAUGCAAGCUAAAAUGUUCUCAAUCGAUUGGCUAUCUUGUUGGGUCUUGAGCUCUUGAUCAAGGAAUGUAUCGAUCAUGAUUCGUAUCAUACACCAUCGCCGUGGAAGAGCUAGCUAGCUAGCUAGCGGUAAAUUCCUUUUUUCUUUCCGUUCUUCCCUCUUGGUAUAUAUGCUUGUUAAUUUGCCCCAUUUCAUUUUUCUUUUUUAUGGUUCCCCUGUGGUUGUGUUGUGGACAACUCCUCCCUCCUUUCCUUAACAGAGUUGCGAGAAGUUAUGGUUUGAUGAUGUUCAAACGUUUUCAUGCCUUUUCCCAGACAACUGCAACACCAUAGAGCAGAGAGGGUUCAAACGUUCACUUCUUCUGCGAUCUAAAUGGCUGCCUUAGCUACUGCUGAAGCUUGCGACUCAAAUGGAGCACUUUUGGCUAGUGGCGAACUCCGUGUUCUCCAGCCAAUCUUUAAGAUUUAUGGUCAAUGUCGGGCAUUCGCAGGCCCUAUUGUCACACUUAAGAUAUUUGAGGACAAUGUGCUAGUGCGGGAGCUUCUUGAGACAAGAGGAGAAGGAAGGGUACUAGUUAUAGAUGCUGGAGGAAGCAUGAGAUGUGCCGUAGUUGGGGGGAACUUGGGACUGUUGGCCCAAAACAUGGGGUGGUCUGGUAUUGUAGUCAAUGGCUGCAUUAGAGAUGUGGAUGAGAUCAAUGGAUGCGAUAUUGGGGUUAGAGCCUUGUCAUCACACCCAUUAAAAUCCAGUAAGAAAGGUGUGGGUGAAAAGCAUGUCCCUGUUUACAUUGCAGGAGCUUUGAUUUUUGAUGGGGAAUGGCUCUAUGCAGAUGGUGAUGGAAUUCUUGUUUCAAAAUCCGAGUUGUGUGUUUGAGUACUCGUUUAACGCUCGAAAUAAUGGAGAGCAGUGUUCUUAUA